AUGGCCUCUUCCCACAAAGAUGCCCUUCGAACACGAGGAGGCAUAUCAUCUGUAGCCGGCGUACUCGCUGCUGCAAAGAUGCACAGCAGAGAGGCAGCCCGGUGCGUUUCUGGAAGAGCAGGGAGCCAACCACAGAAGUCUCCACAAAGCCAGCGACGAUGGACUGGAGCAGCACCGGUUCCAACAGCCAUCUCAGUGGGCAUUGGACUUUUCAUUCGAUUCGUUUGCCCGGUGCCGGAAGGAGUCUCCGCCCAGGGCUGGUCCAUCCUCGCCCUGUUCGUGGCAACGGUCACCGGCAUCGUCACCCAGCCUCUACCGUCUCCAGGUGUGGCGUUUUGUGCCCUGGCUGUUGGCCUAAUGACGAAAACGCUGACUUUUGCAGAGGGCGUUGCUGCAUUCACGGAUGAGGUGUUGUGGCUCGUCCUACUCGCAUUCUUCUUCACCAAGGGCUUCGCAAAGACCGGCCUUGGUGAUCGAAUUGCGUUAAGUAUAGUCCGCUUGGUCGGGGGCACAACCUUGGGACUGGCCUAUGGCCUGAAUGCAGCGGAAGGAGUUCUCGUGAAGAAAGCGGAGGUGCGCGAUGCUCAGAAUGCUGCGCCAGAGAUGGGCAGCACAGGAUCAGCUGGCAAUGUGUCCCACGAGCUCUUGGCCGGGAGUGGUGCUGCUGCCGCGCAGCGAAUUGCCCGAUUGGAUGCUCGCCAGCGGGAGGAUGCGGAGCGCGUCAUGCUACUAAAGGCGGUCAACGCAGUCAACGAAAAGCGCGUGCUCGUUACUGCUCCUCGACGUAGAUUGCCACUGCCUCCGCAGGAAGCUACAGCGUGCCACGAGACCUUCCAGCAAAAGGCCCAAGUCAACUGGGAAGCAGGCUCGAGAUGUCGUUUGAGACUUCCAGAUGCCGUGCUGGGACGAGUGGCAUCGACCGUCCCGUGGGCCUGCGCAGCCCAGGCGGGCGCCUGGUGCCGCAGCGCUCAUACAGCGCUGUCUCCCCGUAUGGCACGGGCGCGCCAGCAGGUUCGCGAGCUUUGGGCAGCCUGGCGUCCUGACAUAUCUUUGGAUCUCGAAGCGGGCAUGAUACCUGCCUGCGCACGAGCACCUUCGGGUACUUUCGCUGGUCGGCCGCUGCUUCAUGCAGCUGCUGGUGCUAACGACGUGAUGGCUCUCAAAGUUUUGCUGAAGCACAGGGCCAAUCUGAAUGCUCUGGAUCCCGACGGCUCGUGCGUUCUCGCAGCCGCAGCUCGGCAGGGCUGUUCGGAGGCUGUGGACUUUCUGCUCAGUCGAAGCGGCAGCACGGAUGUUUGGAACGCCCAUGGAGAGAACGUGAUCCAUGCCGCAGCCGGCGGUGGCUCGGCAGAGGUCCUCGAAGCUCUGGCGCAAACGGUGCCACGAGAGUACCUCAACUCUCCGAAUUACAGGGGUGACACGCCCCUGAUGCGUGCUGCAGUUCUGGGCCGUUCUCCACGGUGUGUGGAGCUGCUCCUGUUCCUGGAUGCCGAUCCAUGGUGCCAGAACAGAUUUGGAUCCACUGCCCUCGACAAAGUGCGAAUCCGGCAGCGUUGCGACAACGAGAUCACCGUACUUCUCGAGUCUGCCAUGGCCAUGGCUUCAGUCGAUUUCGAUGUUGCUGACAUCACAAAGACAGAUGAUGCUGGUGAGCAGGUCAGUCGCGGCUUACCGGACAGCGAAAGACAGAUGAUGCGAGCUGUUGCUGUGGUGGUCGGUGCGCUUGCCAAAAACACGGGUGGCUUCCUGGUUCAAUGUGCUUUUCAGGCCACUGGGAAUUCGUCUUCACUGUGGCUGUAUGGAGCAGCGCAGAAUCUGCUGGCCUUGAGGCUUGCUGGUCAGCUGGGAUACGUGGUCGAGUCUCCUUUCACAACCUGGCUGAAGGCAAGCUGCGUGCCAGCCUUGACAGCCAUGGCACUCACACCGCUCAUUGCAUUCUGGGCCUUGCCACCCGAAGUCCAACGAACUCCGGACGCGCCCAAAGAGGCCGAGCGGAAGUUGAAGCAGAUGGGGCCAGUGAAGUUGGAGGAGGCACUUCUGGCGGGCGUCAUCAUUGGCAUGCUCGUCCUGUGGGCCGGCUCGUCUGCCUUCAGGAUUCCACCUGUGCACACCGCAGUGCUGGGGCUUGCAGUGCUGCUGUGUUCUGGUGUGUUGACCUGGUCUGACUGCGCUGGGGAGAAGGGCGCGUGGACUACAAUGACAUGGUUCGCCAUCCUCGUCAGCAUGAGCGCGAUGUUGAACAAGCUGGGCAUCGUCAGGUGGCUGGCAGCAUCGAUCUCCACGAAGAUUUCAGCCGCUGGCCUGUCGGGCUGUCCAGCUUUCCUGGUGUUGCUGACUGUCUACGUUUUCUCGCACUACGUCUUCGCUUCGCAGGUGGCACAUCUCAGCGCGCUGUACCUGCCUUUCAUUGCGAUGAUGGUGGAGACUGGAACACCGCCAAUGGUUUCGGUAUUCUCGUUAGCCUUUGCUUCCAACAUCUUUGCUUCCAUGACACCGUACUCAUCUGCACAGGCUCCUGUUUUCUUCGGUGGCAACUACGUGACUCAGAAGGACUGGUACAG